AUGGCUUCGGCACAAGACGAGGCCAACGCCUUGAAGGUGCAGGGCAACAAGGCCUUUGCCCAGCAUGACUGGCCUACGGCAGUCGAUUUCUACAACCAGGCUAUCGAGAAAUACGACAAGGAACCCUCGUUCUUCUCCAACCGGGCUCAGGCUCAGAUCAAACUCGAGGCAUUUGGAUUCGCCGUCGCCGACGCUACUGCGGCUUUGGAAUUGGACCCGAACUAUGUCAAGGCAUACUGGAGGCGUGCCCUCGCCAAAACUGCUAUUCUCGACUAUAAGGGAGCGCUUCGGGACUUCAAGGCCGUGGUCAAGCGUGAACCGGGCAACCAAAAUGCGAAGCUUAAGUUGGCGGAUUGCGAGAAACUGGUCCGUCGUAUGGAGUUCGAGAAGGCUAUUGAAGUUUCGGACCCGCCGUCCGCGUUCGAGGGCUUGGAUAUCGAUGCUAUUAAGGUGGAGGAUGACUAUGACGGUGUGCGCAUCGAGAAUGAGAUGACACAGGAGUUCAUUGAUGAUAUGAUUCAACGGUUUAAGGAUGGCAAGAAGAUUCACCGCAAGUAUGUCUUCCAGAUUGUCAAGGCUGUGAAGGAUAUUGUCUACAAUGAGCCGACGAUGGUGGAAAUUGGUGUUGAUGCGGGCAAGAAGUUGACGGUCUGUGGUGAUACUCACGGCCAAUUCUUUGACCUGCUGGAGAUCUUCCGCCGAAAUGGUAGCCCAUCCGACUCCCAUGCCUAUCUCUUCAACGGCGACUUUGUUGACCGUGGCUCGUGGUCUUGCGAGAUUGCCCUGCUUCUAUACGCGUACAAGUGGCUGCGGCCGAACGGACUGUUCCUCAACCGUGGUAACCACGAGACGGAUGAUAUGAACAAGGUCUACGGCUUCGAGGGCGAGUGCAAGGCCAAGUAUACCGAGCGCGUCUUCAAGGUGUUCUCCGAGUCCUUCUCGGCAUUGCCGUUGGCCACUCUUAUCGGCGAGAAAUAUCUUGUCCUGCAUGGCGGUCUCUUCUCAGACGAUAAGAUCACGUUGAACGAUAUCCGGAAACUUAACCGUCACAACCAACGGCAGCCCGGUCAACAGGGCUUGAUGAUGGAGAUGCUGUGGACCGACCCGCAGCCCCAGCCCGGCCGUGGACCCAGCAAGCGUGGUGUCGGUCUGCAGUUCGGUCCGGAUAUCACUAAGCGCUUCUGUGAGAACAACGGCCUCGAUGCUAUUAUCCGGUCUCACGAGGUCCGUAUGGAGGGUUACGAAGUUGAGCACGACGGCCGCUGUAUCACCGUCUUCUCGGCGCCCAAGUACUGCGAUUCUACGGAGAACAAGGGCGCUUAUAUCAACAUUGGACCUGACUACAAGCUCAACUAUGAAGUGUUCGAGGCUGUGCCCCACCCUGAUAUCAAGCCGAUGGCCUACGCGCAGAACUCGAUCCUGUCGAUGAUGUGA